CUGCUGGGCUGCCUGGCGCCCGCCGCGCCCGCGCCCGCCGCCGCGCUCGGCGCCGGCGCCGUGCUGGCGCUGCUCGUGCAGUGCUUCGACCACGUGUCGGGCUCGAUGUUCAACCCGGCGGUGACGCUGGCGGCGGCGCUGCUGGGCCGCGUGGGCUGGCGGCGCGCGGCGGCCUACGCGGCGGCGCAGGUGGCGGGCGGCGUGGCGGGCGCGGCGGCGCUGCGCGCGCUGCUGGGCGCGGGCGCCGCCGCCGCCUGCGUGCCCGCGCCCGCGGCCGCACUGGGCGCCGCGCGCGCCGCCGCCGUGGAGGCGCUGCUGGCCGCCUGCCUGGCGCUGGCCAACGCGGCCGCCUGGGACGCGCGCAACCGACGCUGGCGGGACUCGUGGCCGCUGCGCGUCGGCGCCGUCGUCGCCGCGCUCGCGCUCGUCGGCGGUCCGCUGACGGGCGCCAGCAUGAACCCGGCGCGAAGCCUCGGCCCGGCGCUGUGCUCCGGGAACUGGCAGCACCACUGGGUGUACUGGGCGGGCCCGCUGGCGGGCGCGGGCGCGGCCGCGCUGCUGUACCGCGCCGUCUGGGCCGCGCCCCCCGCGCCCCCCGCCCGCCCCUGCUGCGCCGUCUAGCCACCUCUACGGGGAGUGGACCUUAUCUGCUUUUCCUUAUGGCGAUUUGUACGUUUCACAUUAUUGUCACUAGGUGGCGUUAGCCACCCAAUACACGUGACACGACGCCAGCUACACAUUCCCGCUCCCAGAGUGAUCCUCAGAUAUCGAGAGUUUUACACUAUGUAUUUUGUAAGCUUAAUUAAUAAAUAAGUCUCGAUUUAGCGUUAAUACA